AUGUAUAUUGCCAACAUUGUCAUCCUGGCGCUGGGUAUCCCCCUCAUCUCCGCUGCCUCUUAUCCCGCCACGCAAGCACCGGAGAACUUAGAAGGGAAGGCAUUGCCCGUGUGCCAUACCAAGCUCAAAGAUGCCGGACUUAGACAUGCAGCCAUCACUCGUCGGCGAGCGAAGCUCCAGACCUUUGUCGGCGCAAAACGGGCAUCCCGUACUGCGAGAGAUAACAACCCUGCUAUCAUCAACCAGACCAACCAUCACUCCACCCAUCAUUACACGCCCUUGACCCCGGAGAGUGUCAUCUUCCGAAAUAGGACCUGUGUACUCAACGUUGAGACCGGACCCGGCCCGUAUUGGGUGAGGGGUGAAUAUGUCCGUGAGAACGUGAUUGACGGCCAGCCAGGAGUUCCGGUCAUCCUUGAAACCCAAUUUAUAGACGUCGAGACCUGUGAGCCGAUUGUCGGACUUGGUAUGGAGAUCUGGAGCGCCAAUGCCACUGGAGUCUACAGUAGCAUUCAGGGUGGCUUCAUGGAAAAAGCCAAUGGCAACGUCAAUGAUGCUUCCAAUCUCGCCAAAACAUUCUUACGGGGAGUCCAGAAGAGUGAUCAGGAUGGGGUGGUGCAGUUUACGACCCUUUUCCCUGGACAUUAUCACGACCGGGCAAACCAUUUUCAUGUUAUUGCCCAUCUCAACGCCACCUUCUUACCCAAUAACACAGUGAGUGGAGGAACCGUUGCCUAUGCGGGUCAGUUUUUCUGGGACCAAAACCUGAUCGAUCUAGUUGAAAUCUCAUACCCCUACGACACCAAUACAAUGCCACUCCAGCGAAAUAUCGACGAUGGAUUCUUCAUUACCGAGACUGAGAACACCAAUUCCGAUCCGGUCUUGGAAUAUAGCUUCCUGGGUCCCGAUCUGUCAGACGGGCUGUUUGCCUGGAUUACAGUCGGGUUGAAUGUCUCGGCCUCGUAUGAUCCCAACUACAACUGGUCUUGGACGGCAGAUGGCAGCGUGUAUGGUCCACAUGGCACGUUCACGCCAGUUGCUGGGUUUUCCCAAAUUGGAGACUGGGACUGA